AUGCCCAUCAACUUGGCUGCCUUAUCAGCCACCUCGGGCUUAUCGUCAGGGGGUGGCGUCGGCAUGGCAGCUUCACCAUCCGCAUCAACAGAAGGACGUCUGGACGCCGGUUUCGAUGAUGGUCUUGUAGCUGCUGAUGGUUUCUUGGUGGAUUUGCUUCGUGGCGGGGGCGCGCCGAAUACGAAGUUGGACAAGGUCGUAGCGCGUUGCUGUUUUGAGGAACGCGCUUCCCGUUCCCGUCGCUUCUCUCUGUCUGACGAUGAUCUUUCCAUCUCCGCGUCGGAUUCUUUGGGUCGGGAUUUUGUGGACUUUGAUCGUACAGCGGCUGAAGGAGACCGCUCGCGUGCUGCUUCUUUCUCCUUUCUCCUCGCUCUUCUCUCCUCCUUCUCUUUUCUUGCUCUUCUCUCCUCUAUGAUUUCCUUAGGCUCCUUAGGUUCUUUAGGUUCUUUAUCCUCCUUCUCAUCCUUCGGCGGCUCGGCUUCCUCGGGGGCUUUAUUUUCCUUCUUGCUGGAUUUCUUCGGUGGCGGUGCUGCUCCCCAGAAGCCCCAGCCAGAGCUUGUCCCAGUGCGUUCCACGCGCGGGCGCUCUUUCUUCGACGACUUAGCAGGUUCCGUCUCAACAGGCUCUGGGGCAGGUGUCGGAGGAGCACCACCAUCUGCGUCUCCUGCUUCCUCAGGCUUUGGGACGGGAGGCGGAGUAGGCUCCUUGGCAGGCGCGGCGGCUGCUUUGUCGGCCUGA